ACCGGAGCGCCCGGAAGAUGGCGGCGUCCACGAGUGUGGAGUCGCGGGGUUCCGGCGGCUGCCGGCGGCGCGUGGGUCGCGGGAAGCGUCCCGGCGGGCGCGGGCCUGGGGGCGACAGGGCCGGAACCCUGAAGCGGCUAAAGCUAGCAGUGGAGGAGUUCGUGCAGGCGGCCUCCGAGGGCCAGCCCCCACGCGGCCGCGAGGGGCCCCUGGCGGAGCGGAGCGCGCGGCCGGGCGGCAGGAGGAACCGCAGGGAGCUGAAGAAGGAAAAGCGGCGACUGAAGAAGGCGCGCCGGCUGCAGAGGACCGCGGGCCCCGCGCAGGGCCCGGGCGGCGGGGCCGGGACUGCGAGCGGGCAUCAGGCGGAGGGCGCUAAGGGGUCGGGCGGCCAGACGUCCCCGCCGCGUCGGGCCCCACGGCCGCCACAGGCCUCGCCGCCUCCCCCGGCGCCAGCGAAGGCCAAGGCCUCCCCGGCCAAGAACUCCCCGGCCAAGGCCAAGGCCAAGGCCGCCCCAGCCAGGGCCGCCCCCGGGGGCACCCGGCCCUCGGCCGCCGCCAACGCCGCUCGGAAACGGGCGCUCCUUGCGGCCAACGAGGAGGAGGACCGAGAGAUCCGCAAGCUGGAGCGCUGUCUGGGCUUAAACAAGCGCAGGAAGAAGGGCGACGCCAGCUCCGUGCCUCUCAGCUUCGCCCGCGACGGGCUCGACUACAUCCUGGGAGCCCUGGGGUCCGGGGACGGCAGUGGCUUGUAUGACAGCAGCAGUGAGGAGGAGGGGGACCCCGGACAGACGGCCCGCGAGAGCGACGAGAGCGACGGAGAGAGUGUCUCCGGGGGCGGGAGCGACAGCGAGAGCGACGCCGUGGACGGGAGCGACGAGGAGAGCAACGCCGGGGACGGGAGCGACGGCGACAGCGACGCCGGGGACGGGAGCGGGGAACAGGAGGACGAGCAGGAGCAGGAGGAGGAGGAUGUACAGAAGGAAAAGGGAAAACAAGAAGGAGAAGGGAGCGUGAAGGGGAAACGCCGGACGAAGAGAGUCCGCUUUGCGGAGGAUGAAGGCAGGCCUGAAAAUUCCCCGGAGAAUGCCGACGCGGCACAGCAGCAGCGUCCGAGUGACGACGGCGAGAAGUAUGUCCCCCCGCACGUGCGGAGGGCCGAGGAGGCCGUGGACGCCCAGAGACAGGAGGAGAGGCAGAAGCUCCAGAAGCAGGUCCAAGGCCUGAUCAACAGGCUGAGCGAGCCCAACCUGGCGUCCAUCAACGGGCAGCUGGAGGAGCUGUACAUGCGGCACAGCCGGAGGGACGUGAGCGACACGCUGACGCGGGCCGUCCUGAGCGCCUGCGCCCCGGACUGGGCCGCGCCCGGCCGGCUGGUGAUGGAGCACGUCCUCCUGGUCAGCGUCCUGCACCGCACAGUGGGCAUCGAGGUCGGGGCGCACUUCCUGGAGGCCGUGGUGAGGAGGUUCGACGGCGCGUACAGAGCGGGCGGCGCAGGCAAGGAGUGCGACAACCUGCUCACCGUCGUCGCCCACCUGUAUGGCUUCCGAGUGGUGCAGAGCCUGCUCGUCUUCGACCUGCUGCGCAAGCUCGUGGGGACGUUCUCGGAGAAGGACGUGGAGCUGGUCCUGCUGCUGCUGAGGACGGUGGGCUUCACGCUGAGGAGGGACGACGCGCUGGCCCUCAAGGAGCUGAUCGCGGAGGCCCAGGCCAAGGCCCAGGCCGCCAGGGCAGACGGCAGGUUCCAGGACCAGACCCGGGUGCGGUUCAUGCUGGAGACCAUGCUGGCGCUGCGGAACAACGACGUGCGGAAGAUCCCGGGCUACGACCCCGAGCCCGCCGAGCGGCUGCGGAAGCUGCAGGGGGCUCUGGUGCGGGGCGCUGGCUCGGGCACAGACCCUCAGCUGCGCGUGUCCUGGGACAGCGUCCUGAACGCCCCGCAGACCGGGCGCUGGUGGAUCGUGGGGUCCGCCUGGAGCGGGACCCCGAUGAUCGACAGCAGCCAGCAGAAGGCCCUGCAGGAGCCACCAGCGGGCACGGUCAGCACCAAGAUGCUGGAGCUCGCCCGGAAGCAGAGGAUGAACACCGACGUCAGGAGGAGCAUCUUCUGCACGAUCAUGAGCAGCGAGGACUUCCUGGACGCGUUCGAGAGGCUCCUGAAGCUCGGGCUCAAGGACCAGCAGGAGCGGGAGGUGGUGCACGUGCUCGUGGACUGCUGCCUGCAGGAGAGGAGCUACAACCCUUUCUACGCCUUCCUGGCCGGCAAGCUCUGCGGCUACGAGAGGAGGUUCCAGAUGACUUUCCAGUUCAGCAUCUGGGACAAGUUUCGGGACUUGGAGAACUUGCCAGCCACUAGCUCCUCCAACCUGGUUCACCUGGUGGCCCACUUGCUGAAGACGAAGUCCCUCCCCCUCUCCAUCCUCAAGGUGGUCGAGUUCAGCGAACUGGACAAGCCCAGAGUCCACUUUCUGCGGAGCGUGCUGCACAUGCUGCUGAUGGAAACGGAGGCUGAAGACCUGGGCGUGAUCUUCGCCAGGGUGUCCGACAACCCGAAGCUGGGCGUGCUGCGCGAGGGCCUGAAGCUCUUCAUCGGCCACUUCCUGCUGAAGGGCGCGCAGGCGCCCCGCAGCCCCGAGGAGGCCCGGGCGCUGCGGGAGCGGGCGGAGCUCACCACCCGGGCGCUGCAGGGCAGGGCCGCGCUGAGGAUGUAGGGCGGCCGGGGCCUGUGUGCGGCUCCACGGACUGGGGGGCGGGGAGAGCACCCCACGGCCCGGCCCGCUGCGCUCCAGCUGCUGCGUUCUGAGAUGUUUCUGGAUCCGAGGCUGUGCGUGUGCUGUAGACACUCGUGUGCGUGUGGGAGGCGCCGGCCGGCACGGGACAGGCUCUCUGGGUGACGAGGCGGGCGGUGUGGGAGUGUGGGCCCACGUGUGUGCCCCUCGCUUCUGCGUAGAUGGGCGAGGCGGGCCGCGGGAGGGGGCAGCUACAGACACGGGGGCUCGAUCCCACGUGCCUGUCGGUGCAGAGUUCGGAGACCACCGGUGACGCGUGGCGCCUGCUCCUCGGCUGAGUGUGACGUGUUGGGCACGCACGUGUCCAGGACCGUCAGUGGCAGCCGGGUGUGGCCCCGUGUGUGUGGGGGCCGCUG